GUUGAUAUGGACGUUGAUCCGAAAAAGCCAGGCAGCUUCGCUCCGCUGUGGGCUACCAUUGGAGCCGUUAAUCAAGUUGAUCAGCAUAUUGGCUGUAGUCCUCGCUCGGUGAAGCUCGUGGCGAAGAAACAUAUAUUUCUUAUACUGCCAGAUCGCGACGCCAGUGUUGGGAUGAAAUCUGGAAAAGCGGUCCGUAUACUCCCCUGUUCGUUGAAUUCGCACGAUAAUAUGCGUCGAUGGCAUGCUGGGGAAAAAGUAGCCGAAAAUGCAGUAGCUCUGUCGUGGACGCCGUCGUCGGGAAAGACGAGGGCCACGAAGGGUCGGGUCAAAGUUGAGGCCAAAGCCAUCGAGGAGGACGAUUGGUGCACUCUGUGGAUUAUGACUAGUGAUGAAUUUGAAGCGGGGACGGUAUCGUUUUGCUGUUGGGAAAAGGAGUAUAGGAAGUAUUAUAUUCGACAUAAUAACGACAAUAUUAAUGCAUGUAUAGAGGAAGUGGGCAGUAGCGGCUUUAAGCAGGCGGCAUCUUUUAAUUUAUUAUUGCGAUCUGACUGCGACCCGAGAAUGAAUCGAAACGGCAGUAGUGUGAUGAACAUUUCGAUCGAUCCUAGUGUGCUUGAGGAGCAUCUGCGUUCUGACAAGUCGCGAGUAGAGGCGCAGGAGGUCGGGCAGGAUUCUUCCACCGACGGUCGAUCGGAAUCCGGAAUAUUACACGACAGUUCGAUUCCUAGUCGGGGAAGCGUGUCCUCUGGUGCCGAGCGUGGCGAGUUCGAGGAAGAGGAGACAGACGUGAAACGUACUCGAGAUUUGCGAUCGGCUCGGCAGAAGGUCAAGAAGAAGGAUGGUACUCAUAGUAAUACCGAUAGUGAUCACCGCGGUCAACUGGUUCGGCCUAGUGUCGUGUAUGACAGCGUUUUCGACUUGACACUAGAGCACGAUGAGGCUCCGGAUGUCUCUCGGAUCGACCCUGCACCAUCGACGACCUCCGUCGCUGCGUUACUGGAGUUGGAGGAGGCUAGACGGGCGCUGGGUAUUGCUUUGGAUAAGGAAUUGGAAAGUCAGAGGAAAAUUAGACUGUUGCAGAAGCAGUUGGAAUCUGGCAGAGAGGCUCAGGAAGUGAAGCAACUAAGGAGAGAAUUGAGUGGAACUAAGGAGAAGCUUGAGAAGGUGGAGGCCGAGGCUCGGGAGAAGAUAAGGACUUUACAGCGUGAACUGGCUUUGGAGUUGGAGGCGAAGGACGAGGCAUUGAAUCAGAAUGAAGUUCUCGAGGAAAAGCUGGAGAGAAAACAUGCUAGUCAGGAGGAAGCGCUCGACAAUAUGAAGUCGUUAAGAAAAGAACUAAAGAAGAAAACUGAGCGGCUGAGGGCACUGCAGCAGCAGCAGCAGCAGCAGCGAGAAAUGACGGGCAUGCGUGAUGACAAAAGAGUGGUAUCGAUGGAGCAGGAGUUGCAGACAGAAAACCAAAAUGUGAUGAGAUCUCUUAGGAGGGAACUGGAGAGGAAGGAUGUGACGAUGAAGAACCUCCGAGAUCAGCUUGAAAAGGCGAAGGGGAGUAUGGGAGCACUGCGAGCUGAGAAGGAGGAAGCGCGGAAUGCUAGUCGCCAGGCUGUGCUCAGGCUGGAGGGGGAGUUGGCGGAGGUUACAGCGAAAUUAAAGGAGUUUAAGGAGGAACAGGAGGCGGCAGAUGCGAGGUGGCAAGAGGCACAAGUUGAGAAGCAGGCUAGAGAGGCAGAGAUUGUCGAGCUGAAGAGAACUCUGAAAUCGAUGGAAAAGUUGCCUGAGGAGCUCCACGUGGUGAAGGCCCGUCGUAACGAGGCGGAGUUGGCGAUGUUCGGGUUGGAGUCUGAGAUAGAGGCGUUGAAGGAGAAGUUGGAGGGGAAGGAAAAGGAGAUAUCCGAGGCUCGAGGGCAGAAUAACUGCGCGAGUGGUACAGUAGCUGGUAGCAGUAUGGCUGUGUCCAAGAUGAGCCUGAGGGAGGGGGAGGAGCAGCAAAGUGUGGAUAGGUAUAAGAAGGUCAUAAUGGAUCUGCAGGAGCAUGUAAAGAAGCAAGACGUAUGGUUGGACGAGUGUGAGUUCGACAUCUCCAAGUGGGAAGGUCGCUACCGCCACGAGCAGGGGGAGCAUGAGAAGACUGAGAGGAAGUAUAAGGAGGCUCUCGAGAAGGCGGACAAGGAGAGGGUUGUGUUGAGGAAGGAAGCUCAGAGGCUUUCACUGGAGUUGGAGCGGGUGUUGGAGGAAAAAGGGAAGUUGGAGGCAACGAUGAAGGAACUUGAAGCAACUGCUGCAGUGGAGAGGAAAAAGCCCGAGAGCCGUACCACAUCUAGUUCAACCAGUAUGUCAAUGAAGAGUCUGGUCUCGUACGAGCGACGGAUCGUAGCGUUGAAGAUGGAGACGGUGAAGUUGAAGCAAGAGGCUGAGGCGGUUGAGGCGGUCUACUACUGCCACCACUACUACUACUACUACUACUACUACUACUACUACUACUACUACUACUACUACUACUACUACUACUACUACUACUACUCCUACUACUACUACUACUACUACUACUACUACUACUACUACUACUACUACUACUACUACUACUACUACUACUACUACUACUACUACUACUACUACUACUACUAG